AGUUUACGAACGCUGUGACGCGACGAAUUUCUUAACCUGAUUCCUACGGUUUUUGCGGAGUCCUGGCGCAUCAUCGUUUCUGAAUCGUUUUGGCGUUUCCUUGCUGUUAUUUCUGUUGUAACUUUAAGACGAUAAAAUGAGCUUUGGUUUGCCGUCACUCAUACCCAAGCCUGCCGUAUCCGAGCAAUUCAAUAUUCAUAACGGAACCAAUUAUGGCUUGCCCAAUCCUAUGGUGUCAGGUCUCUCAGCAACCAGACAGAGCGUUGGUUACGCACAUCCUUUGGAAGCUUCAGAGAGAAAUUAUCAAAAGAAUCAAGAUUGCAUGAAUAUGACAUUGCUUAGGAAUACGCAAGGAUUACAUGCACCAUUGCGCAUAGCGAUGGAAUUGAAAGCUGCUGAAAAGAUUGGAAGACUUCCAUUUUUGCCGUCAUCUAAUGCGAUGCAAGAUGCUUUACUUGGAAAAGAUCAAGAUAUAGGAUUUGAAGAUAUCUUUAAUACAUCGGAAUUCCGAGAGCAAAUGGGACAACCACAUGCUGUUGUAGAAAAUGGUCUCGGAAUAUUGUAAAGUUAAAGCUCGCAAAAUUUCGUCUUAAUAAAAGAUAAAAUAUAGACUCAAUAAUUACUAAAAUAAUUCUACAUAAUUCUUGUAACUUAAUAUUGUGCUUUUUUUCUCUUUGGUGGUGUUUUAAGAACAACAGUUUUAAUAUUAAAUAUGAAAAAACAUUUAAUGCUAUGUAUUUGGUAAAGAUGACAUUGAUGUAUUUAAUUAAGAAAAUCAUUAAUUUCAUAACUAUAAAAUGUAUACAAAAUAUUAUUUGUUUUUAUAAAAACUAAAGUAUUAGGUCAAUGCAUAUAAAAUGUCAAGCAUUUUACUGAAUAUAUAAAACUUUAUAAGAUUGCUUAUUUAA